CCGGACCUGCUGGGCCGGCCGAGCCAAUCGCCGGCGCCCGGCGCCCCAUGGGCGCGGAGGCGGCGGGGGCGGGGGCGGCCGCGGGCCGGGCCGCCGCUCCGAGGUGAACCGCGCGCGGGCCCCCUCCCUGCGCCCUGCCGAGCCGCCGCAGCGAUGAAUUCCGCCGAGCAGACCGUUACGUGGCUCAUCACCCUGGGGGUGCUGGAGUCGCCCAAGAAAACCAUCUCCGACCCGGAGGGCUUUUUGCAGGCGUCGCUGAAAGAUGGGGUGGUCCUCUGCAGGCUGCUGGAGCGCCUGCUGCCUGGGACCAUCGAGAAAGUCUACCCGGAGCCGCGGAGCGAGAGCGAGUGCCUGAGCAACAUCCGCGAGUUCCUGCGCGCCUGCGCGGCCUCCCUGCGCCUGGAGACAUUUGAUGCAAAUGAUUUGUAUCAGGGGCAGAAUUUUAACAAGGUCCUCAGUUCCUUAGUGACUCUAAAUAAAGUAACAGCAGACAUUGGACUAGGGAGCGACUCUGUAUGUGCUCGGCCCUCUUCGCAUCGGAUAAAGUCUUUUGACUCCCUGGGAUCCCAGUCUUCACACAGUCGGACUUCAAAAUUGUUCCAGGGCCAGUACCGAAGUUUGGACAUGACUGAUAACAGCAACCAUCAGCUGAUAGUGAGAGCCAAGUUCAAUUUCCAGCAGACCAAUGAAGAUGAGCUGUCCUUCACAAAGGGUGAUGUCAUCCACGUCACCCGAGUGGAGGAAGGAGGCUGGUGGGAGGGCACACAUAACGGCAGGACUGGCUGGUUCCCCAGCAACUAUGUGCGUGAGAUCAAGCCAAGUGAGAAGCCUGUGUCUCCCAAAUCAGGAGCCUUGAAGAGCCCCCCCAAAGGGUUUGACACAACUGCCAUCAACAAGAGCUAUUACAAUGUGGUGCUACAGAAUAUUUUAGAAACAGAAAAUGAAUAUUCUAAAGAGCUUCAAACCGUGCUUUCAACCUACCUACGGCCCUUGCAGACCAGUGAGAAGUUAAGUUCAGCAAAUACUUCAUAUUUAAUGGGAAAUCUAGAAGAGAUAUGUUCUUUCCAGCAAAUGCUUGUACAGUCUUUAGAAGAAUGCACCAAGUCGCCUGAGGCCCAGCAGAGAGUUGGCGGCUGCUUUCUGAACCUGAUGCCACAGAUGAGGACCCUAUACCUCGCCUACUGUGCCAACCACCCAUCUGCCGUGAGCGUCCUUACAGAGCACAGCGAGGACCUGGGGGAGUUCAUGGAGACAAAAGGUGCCAGCAGCCCUGGGAUCCUGGUGCUGACCACUGGCCUCAGCAAACCGUUCAUGCGUCUGGACAAGUACCCCACGCUGCUCAAGGAGCUGGAGAGACACAUGGAGGAUUAUCAUCCCGAUAGACAAGACAUCCAGAGAUCCAUGACUGCUUUCAAAACCCUUGCAGCCCAGUGUCAAGAUGUACGAAAAAGGAAAGAGCUUGAGUUGCAGAUCCUGACAGAAGCCAUUCGGAGCUGGGAGGGAGAUGACAUCAAGACCCUGGGCAAUGUCAUUUACAUGUCCCAGGUCAUGAUCCAGUGUGCAGGAAGUGAGGAAAAGAAUGAAAGAUACCUUCUGCUCUUCCCAAACCUUUUGCUAAUGUUGUCUGGCAGUCCCAGGAUGAGUGGUUUCAUCUACCAGGGAAAGCUACCAACGACAGGAAUGACAAUCACAAAGCUUGAGGACAGUGAAAAUCAUAGGAAUGCGUUUGAAAUAUCAGGGAGCAUGAUUGAGCGGAUACUAGUGUCAUGCAACAACCAGCAGGACCUGCAGGAAUGGGUGGACCAUCUACAGAAGCAGACGAAGGUCACAUCUGUGGGCAACCCCACCAUCAAGCCCCAUUCCGUACCAUCUCACACCCUCCCCUCCCAUCCCAUCACCCCAUCCAGCAAGCAUGCAGACAACAAGCCCGUGGCGCUAACGCCUGCCUACCACACGCUCCCCCACCCCUCCCACCAUGGUGCCCCACACACCACCAUCAGCUGGGGGCCCCUGGAGCCUCCAAAGACCCCCAAGCCCUGGAGUCUGAGCUGCCUGCGACCUGCACCCCCUCUCCGGCCCUCAGCUGCACUCUGCUACAAGGAGGACCUCAGCAAGAGUCCCAAGACCAUGAAAAAGCUGCUGCCGAAGCGCAAACCUGAACGGAAGCCUUCAGACGAGGAGUUUGCCUUGCGAAAGAGCACGGCGGCUCUGGAAGAAGAUGCUCAGAUUCUGAAGGUCAUCGAGGCUUACUGCACAAGCGCCAAGACACGGCAGACCCUCAACUCAACAUGGCAAGGCACUGACCUGAUGCAUAAUCACGUCUUGGCUGAUGACGACCAAUCAAGUCUAGACUCCUUGGGUCGUCGCAGUAGCCUUUCUCGUUUGGAGCCCUCAGACCUCUCGGAAGACUCUGAGUAUGACAGUAUAUGGACAGCCCAUAGUUACAGAAUGGGUUCUGCAUCUCGUUCACGCAAAGGAUCUGCUCCACAAGUCUUGCUUCCAGAAGAAGAGAAAAUUAUAGUUGAAGAAACUAAAAGUAAUGGUCAGACAGUGAUGGAAGAAAAGAGCCUGGUGGACACAGUAUAUGCGCUAAAAGAUGAAGUCCAGGAGCUAAGACAGGAUAACAAAAAGAUGAAGAAGUCCUUAGAAGAGGAGCAGAGGGCCCGCAAGGACCUGGAAAAGCUGGUGAGGAAGGUUCUGAAGAACAUGAACGAUCCUGCCUGGGAUGAGACCAAUCUAUAAGGAUGACCAUAUUUCUUGUUGAAGACCAGUUACUAGGCCAACCUGGGUCCCUGGCCCCAGCUUGGGUGACAUCCAGGACUGAGGACAUUGUCUUCAUCAUGCAAAUAGAAAUGAUCAGACUCACUGAAGAAUCCACACAUGAGGCAUAGACACUGAGGGCCCGAGCUGCGUUAACCUCUGCCAACCUCUCAGUUACCUCAUUUGCAGUAAGUGCGGUGACAGACUGAAGCCCUGGCUCUUCAGACUCGUAGCUGAAUAUAUCAGUGGUAUGUCUGUGUACUUGUUGUAAAUACUCCACGUCAAAUGCACAUCCGUGACUGUGUGCUGGGAAUCACCCUCCUGCCAGGACUUGCUUCCCUCUGACCUUCUGGUCAUGGGGUUAGAGGUCACAUCACGCACCCUUGACAGCAGAGCUGUAGGGAGAUGCCUCUGGCAGGUGUUGGAUUAUCCUGCACCAGCCUGGUCCCCAUGCGCUGUGAGCAGAUGUCCCAUCUCAGCGCGCCGGACAGAUUAACCUUUCUUGUGUGCAAGGGGACUCUGCACCAGUCGGAAGUCUUCCCUCAAGCAGGAUUCCAACUGUGACUGGCAGCCAUGUGGAGGGCAGCACUCCGCAGAACUAGAACAGCCCCAGCCCAGGGACCUCUACGUCCCCGUCCUUGUGUGGGUGUUUGCUUGCCAUUCCUCCAGAUCCUGGGAUCAUGGGAGUGUGCUCUGGCUUUUGGGAGGCAGCUCAGAUUUUCCUUAGGCUUGUUUGGAAAUGUGACAAGGGUGCCCCAUUCCAUCCUCCCCCGAGAGAGAACUGGAACCUGCACGUGAGUGUGCUCUAGAUUGCCUAUCGCGGCAGCCGGUGGGCACAGGUGGGGCCUGCCAGGAGCACACAAGCCUGCUUCCUUACAGGCCAACCUCAACCCUGUGGUGCACUUCACUACCGCGUCUGCCUGUGUGUGCAGCGCUGGCUGGCAGUGCCCGUGCUGCUGUCCACAAGAGCCCAGCAGGGUACCUGCAGUACAGCUGAGCAGUGAGACCUGAGUCCACCUGCAGGGAGACCAGGGAUGAGGCCUGUCCUCACCCAGCAGACAUGGAAGACAAUGACCACAGGAACUGAGCUGUCUUUCUGCCUCCUAUGGGUCAGUUAUGAAGUGAGAGGAACUCCAACGUAGACAGUGUCCUCUCAUUUAGUUUGUGUGUGUGGUGCUGGGGUUAACCCCAGAGCCUCCUGCAUGCUAGACAAGCGCUCUGCCGCUGAGCUCUAUCGCCCCAGCCCUUUUGUGUUGAGACAGGGUCUUGCUAAGUCACCCAGGCUGGCCUGGAACUUGUGGCCCUGCUGCCUUGACCUCCUUUGUUGCUGGGACCACAGGCAUGCACCCCAUGUCCACACUGGUUGUAGUAUCACACAUCCCACGCCCCAUACCAGCCUGUUUGCCUCGUACAUGACUGGUUCUACUCUGGUGGCCAGGCUGCCCUGUAGCUGCGGCAGAUCCCCAACCUUUGGAUGCUUGGUGCCAGGUGCCCUUUGAGCUGGCGGGCUUCCUGGUACCCCACUGCCCCUGCUGGUACCCUGCACAGACCUGGACAACGAACUUCGCAGGGAGCACUCACUAUGAGCUGCUGUCUAAAAUUGCCAACUUUCAGGACUUGGCAUUUUAUUCAUUUAUGCUGAGAAAGAAAAGAUCAGGUUUUGUUUUUCAUGAGCCCUGUUUUUACAAGUGUUUUUGGUGAGUGCAUUUGCUCUUGCAGCAGAUUUUAACUCAGGAACAACUCCCCACGAUCUCUCUGCCAUGGCAACCAGAGACGUUGCGAUGCCGCUCUGCUGAGAGUUAACCGAAGACCAUCCUCUUGUGGCUGCUCGUGGGCUGCCCGUGUCCCAGGAUGCUCUUACAGACCUGCCUUAACGCUCAGCUUCAAGUAUUUUGUGAGAAUACUUGUGUUUGUCACACCCCCGCCCUAGGCUGGGUGCCACCAAGGUGGGUUCUCCACACGCCUUCCUUCCUGUGGACCCAGCAUCUUCUGGGCUUUCUAGGGAGCCGGGAACGUGGGUCUGAGAGCAGUCUUCCCAGACCUGCCCUGUCGUGCUUCACUGUACUCUUCACGUGUGACAGGGUGGGUGGUGAUGUGGUAAGUGACAAAGGGGCACCGCUCUCCCGGGCUGCUGAUUCCUUCGCACUCGUCUGCGAGGGGCGAGGAGACAAGCCUGUCCUGUAGAUGAGAAGCACUUUGAGCUCAGAUGACCUUGGGAUGUAGCAUCCGAGAGUCCACGUGCUUGGCCACGUCUCUGCACAGGCACCGGCACUGGUAUCUCGAACACCUGCCUGCCCGUGCACACCACGAUCACGCCAGCCGCCCAGGGCACACUGACAGCACGGGACCCUCAGCACCACAGACAGUGCCCUCCUGUGGACCGCUGCGAUGUUUGUGCUGCACCACUGUAAUAUUAAACGGAUUAUUUUUCUUACUUCA